AUGCAGAAAAUUACUAGCUUUUUCAAGCCAAACGAAGGUGAGUAGUUGUUUUGAGUUGAUAAAAGUUUUAUAUUUUGUCUUUCUCCUUUCGAAUCAAUGAAAUAUUCGAUGGCAAGAAGAAUUACAUAACUUGAACAGUGAACGGCCAUAGUUAGAAAUUUUUCAGAUCACUUCACUGUAGGAUUUUCUAUACUAAAAUUGUAAUCGCGUCUUUUCUUGCAUUGAAUCUGAACUGACUGUGUAUGUUGGUCGUUUAUUAGAGUUAUCUGCAAGCUCUUCAACUACUUGCAGUGAAAAUGGUGAGUUUGAGUUUGACCAGUAAACAUUUCAAUAUAUUGUUAAAAGUGUCAUUUUUUGGAAGUGCGAGUUGUUUGACUAAUAUUCGUUAAGUGUAAUUGGAUUUUUGGUGAUGGGUUAUAUAUUUAUUCUAUUUAUAAUAUUCUACUUAUUGUCAGCAAUCCUGUAAUUUAGCAUUAGCUAUAACAAAAGGAUAAUAAACACAUUAUUUAUUUAUUUAUAAAUAAAGUUGAAUUUCAUAGACUGUAUAAUAACUAUGAUAUAAUAACUAUGCGUUUAAUUUUGUCAGAUGAUUGUUUACCCGAGAGUGAGACCUGCGUUGAUCAAUCUGUUUCCAUUGAGGGUAAGUUUAUUUUUUCAUUCAUCCUUUUCGUUAUUUCCAUUGGUUUAUAGGGUAGGGCACUUGUGAGAAAACACUUUAUGUAAUAAAACAUCCUCAUAUAUUUGUUAUUUUAAAGAUUUUGAGAUACAUAUAUGGUGUGUUUAUUUACUCUUUAAACACGCCCAGCAAUUGAGGUUCUAAGGCAUUUGAAGCACGGUCCAAAUUACUGUUUUGUGAUUUCAUUCAGCGCUACCCGAUGAAGUUCUGAUCGAGAUCUUGAAAUACACUUCUCUGGGGGAGAUUAUGAGCUCAUUGUGCAGAGUUUCUAAAAGAUGGAUGAGGCUAUGCGACACAGAUUGUUUGUGGCAGAUUGUCGCCAUUGAUGAGUGGAUGAUCCAGAAAAUUGAUCAACACCCAAUGGCAAUAAUAAUGUCCCAUGCAGAAGCUUUCACCUAUUUUUCCAUGAGGAAUGUCACCAUAAAGUAUUCGGCUGUGGCACUUUUACGUCACUUAGCCAAUUCUUCAAAACUAGUUUAUCUAGAUCUAAGUUGGCAAGAUGUGUUGAGAGAUAUCAAUUUUUUGGGAAAAACUGUGUGUUCAAAUUUAGAGUACUUACUCCUUGACAACUGCAAAAAUUUGAAUGCAUAUAGUGUCAUUCAGGUAGUACAGCUGUCGUCUAAACUUAAACUGCUGUCUUUAAAUGGCUUAGCCCUUUCGCCAGAUAAUGUUCAAGCUAUCGCUCAUUUAGAGCUAUCCAGGCUUUUUAGUAUAGGUUUAACAGGUGCAGUGCUGUCUUUAGAAACUGCCGAAAUAUUCUUUCAAAAUCACCCAAGUCUACUAUUUUUACAGCUUUCAAACCGUACUAUUGACAAGCCAGGUUUUAGGAGGCUGGGUGCAAAAUACGAUGUUAGCAUUUUUUUUAUUCAAUAAGCUAUAUAUUGUGUAUGCCAUUAUUGUUAUCGGAUAUUUAGGGCAUGUUUUGUAGUAGCUGUGAUUAAAAUAAUCAUGUAUAAUAGAACAACUACCUUAUAUGUAUUCUUUUAUUGGUUUAUAAUAAAAAAUACAUCAAUUAUUAUCUUAGUUCCUUUUUACGAAAAAGACAUUUCGAAUGCGUCCAAAAUUAACGUUAUUUUUUGCAUUUUCAAUAUUGUAGUUGUACACAAUUCUACACCAAGUAAUGCUGCGACCAUCGAGUUGUCAAGUAAAUGCAUUGACCCUGUGGGUAAACCUCAUCAACCACAUAACUUCAGUUUCCCUAAAAAGAAAAUCGGACAAUGGAAUCGCUCAUUUAAAGCGAACUGGUUUAACGAUUUUCCAUGGUUGCAUUAUGUCGAAGAAAGUGAUUCUGUCAUUUGUUACGUCUGUGCACAUCAAAAUAAAAAAGGCAACCUUUCAACUGCAAAAAACAAAGAACUGACUUUCAUCAAGGGUGGUUAUUCAAAUUGGAAAAAUGCUAUUGCCCGCUUUCAAGAGCACCAGAAGUCCAAUUGUCACAUUUUGGCAUGUGAGCACCAAGUUGGUGUUAUAGCGUCAAGUGGAAACAUAAUUGAGAUGUGUAGCAAUGCAGCCGACACGACCAUGAAACAAAACCGUGCAUGUUUCUUAAAAAUAAUUGAGAGCGUCCGAUUUCUUGACCGGCAGGGCCUUGCUAUGCAAGGACACACAGAUGCUGAAUCCAAUUUUAACCAGCUCCUUAAAUUGAGAGCUAAUGAUGUACCGUUGCUUACUGAUUGGCUUCAGCGAAAAAAUGACAAGUACACCUGUCAUGAAAUACAGACGGAGCUGGUGUCAAUCAUGGCAGACAUUGUAUCGAGACAACUAGUUACUAGCUUAGACAACUCCUUUUUUUCAAUCCUUUGUGAUGAAUACACAGAUGUCAGUAAUAAGGAACAAUUGACACUCUGUGUUAGAUGGAUUGACAAAGAACUAGAAGCGCAUGAAGAUUUCCUAGGGUUUGUGAAUAUUCCAAAUAUUCGUGCAGACACUAUUGAAGCAGUCAUUAAAGACGUGUUCAUAAGGCUUGGGUUAUCUUUUAGCAACUGCUGA